GUACCUUGUCAUUCGGAAGGUGGCGAUAUUUUCGUAGAAACAGGAUCGAUUACAAGGAACGUCAACUCUGCUGGGAGAUUCGAUCGAUUAUGGAACACCACGUAGAUCAUCAUGCAGAAUUGCAUCUUGUUCAGUUAAACCAGUCAAUUGACCUUGCAAAGCUGUCUGAAAAGGAGAGAUGGAAGGUUGAGCAUGCCCGUCUACACGAGAAGCACAAGGGCCAUGAGGCGAUGCAUGCGGAGAUGAUCCUGGUCCUCAUUGCCACGCUCGUGGUGGCUCAGAUACUGCUUGUCCAGUGGAAACAGAGACACUUCAGGUCAUAUCAGGUAUCUACACUCAUAGGCAUGUGGGUGAUUCCUGUGGGUUUUUGUUUGAAGUUUACCUGGACACGUUUCAUAUGGAUCUGGGCAGUAUUCUCUGCCAUUACUGCCUACAUUGUGUUCAAAGCUACCAGGAAGCCUGUGGAGGGAAGAACACCUAGGCUGGUGUACAAGUGGUUUUUGCUCAUCUACAAGAUCAGCUACAGCUCAGGUAUCCUUGGCUACAUUGUGAUCAUGUGCACCAUGCUGGGGUUUAACAUGCUCUUCCUCAUCAAGCCCCAGAGCUCCAUGGACUUUGGGCUGCUGGUCAUGUUCUACGGGCUCUACUUCGGGGUCGUGUCGAGGGACUUUGCCGAGGUCUGCAGCGAUACCAUGGCCUCACACAUCGGGUACUACACAUCUACGGGUUUGCCAGGGCGGCGCCUAGAUCCCAAUAUUUGUGCAAUCUGCGGAAAUCCAAUUUUAGUGAUGAACAAUGAAGAUGCCAUUAUAGAAACCACCUGUAAAUUAGAGUGUGACCAUAUGUAUCCUUUUCUGUAAACAUGGUAUCUGGCU